AUGGACCAUCAAGAAAGCAAACCUUCAAUUACCCUAGAAGGGAUCAGCCUAAACCAGCCUCCAUUCUGGCCGAAUUCCGCUCCAUGUUGGUUCGCCAUUUCGGAAACGCAAUUUCUUGGUGCUAAUAUUGCCAGCCAACAUGCGAAAUAUUUUCACAUCGUCUCUGCUUUGAGUAGCGAACUGGCCAACGAAGUUUCAGACGUACUGCUUCACCCCAACAACGACAUUCCCUACGAUCAAUUAAAGGCAGCGAUCCUGAAGCGUACGCAACUGACCACAUCGGAACGCAUUAAUCAGCUUUUAUCCCGCGAUGACCUGGGAGACUUGAAGCCUAACCAGAUCCUAAGAAAGAUGCGUCCACUGUCCAACGACGAACCUUUGCAAUAACGGUUGGCGGAUACAGCAGACCUCGUGUUAGAAGUAACGAAAUCGGCUCGCAUUUCCGAUCUCGGCCCAAGUCUCCAAAGACAAUCGAAUGCAUUUUUGCUCACUGACGCCUGCCAAGCACCUGUUUCUUUGGACAGCCGCCUAGCCAGGAUCAAAGCCGCAAUCGACGCCUUGACAAUCAAAGACGGAACCACUCAAAUUCUCACCGAAGAUCCUAUUCACGCUCGUCGCCCCGACGUUUGUGUUGGUAUCAUGCAAUCUUUGGCCGCGCAACCCGACAGUGUAGACCCCCGUAUA